CUAGUAAACCGCCUCGACGCCCUCACAAUUGCAAAAAGGCCCAUUUUCUGCAAUAAGCUAUCCAUCAGACUAAUAUACAACUUCAUUAAAAAGAACCAAUAUAGGGACAUCAUCCAAAAACGUACAAAAUUUACAAAAGCAGGGACAACAAUAAAUCUUCCAUAUUAACAGAAAACUGCUAAACUAAAAGAAUGAUAUCAUAACAAGGGCUAACUCAUUGUGUAACCGUGGUGUUUACCACACAAAUUUUUUUAAUUUCAUUCUCGUCAUUACAUAAUACAAGCAGAAUGGAGGAAGAGAUGGUGUUUACCACACAAAAUUUUUUAAUUUCAUUUUCGUCAUUCCAGAAUACAAGCAGAAUGAAGAGAGUACCUCUGUGUCUGCUCGGUUCUUCUGGGUGACAGGGCGGCGGCUCCUCUGCUUCUGGUGACAGGGCGGCGACUCCUCCUCAGCUUCAAUGUGACAGGAUAGGGUAUUAGGGUUGCUCCUCGGCUCUGAAGGAUGCGCACAGGGACAGAGAAAUUACAACCCGUCAACGAAAAAAAGGCAAGGACUCACCUUGGGAGACCUGCUCGACACUGUACCCCGCUGGAGGAUUGGUUCAAAGCAAGGCCUGUCAUGGAACUUAUUCCAACACAAAGAUUGAUAACAACUGUGCUGGCUGACAGAAAGUAUCAGAUGUUAGAUGACAACAGGCAUGUGCUUUGGACAGGACUAAUUCAGAUAGAGUUUGCAAAAUCAAGAAAGAUUUCACUGAAGGGCCUUCUUAGUUAUGAUAACUUAGAAGUUAUUAAUGGACUGAACAUGCUGUGCUUGAAAAAUUUAUCUUUGUCCACAAGUUCUCCUUCAGAAGAUUCUUCAAGCUCUCCUUUACAAGAGUCUCUCUUUGAAGAUUUUAUGGAGAUGGUUCUGCAGAAGGAGUUGUCAUGUAGUAUCUCAAGUCUACCUGAGCAUCGGGAUUCGCUUUUUGAGACCUUGAAAAAUCCUGCCCAUAAGUUGCAUGAUGCCAUAUACCAUCCAGCAUUUCUCUCAGAUGAAGAGUUCUCUAAUCUAUGCAUUCACACUCACCGUCUCGUUCGUCAUGAGAUGUUGAUGAGGAAUCAAGGAACUGAAGCAUGUUCAAUCUGUGCACAUCUAAAUGUGGCAUAUUAUGACCAAGAUGUUAUCUUUACUUGCCAGGGUCACUUCAUGUUAUCCAAUUUUCUUGGGGUACAUUCCAAAUUGGUUAAAGGGAAGCCAAUUGCUGGGCAGUAUCAUAACAAUCCUUCUUUGAACAUAUUGCCAUAUCGACCCCCCUCAGUUCUGCAUCCGAUAGGGUCAGCUUUGGUGGAUACUAUGCGAAUUGGUUGCAUGCAUUCCAUUGAAAACAAGUUGAUCAACGAUAUUUGUAAGGCAAGCUUCAAAGGUGUUAAGGACCCUUUACUUGACACGUACACCAGGGAGGAAGUCAUUCGCCUACUUCGCUAUAUAUUCCCAAAUUAUGCUCAAUAUGCUCUUGAAGGUUUCAAGACUGAAGGUCUGCUUCAUAAGCUUGGGCUGAACCGCUUAAAGCCCAUACCUUCUAUUCUAAAUAUUUGAACCUCAGGUACAUAUCUUUUGAAUUUUCUCCUCAGUACCAGAGAGUUGGUGGGCAGCCAGUUGAACACGCUGGUUUUCUGGGCAACCAAUGGCUUCCAGCUUCCUUUUGAUCGUGCGCAUCCAAUCGUCUGCAUCGAGAGGGUUGCUUGAUCCGGCGAACGUGGGAG